AUACGACCUAAAGGGGAUGACAGGUAGCGUACUCUUGCCAACUCCCGAAAUAAGGCGGCAACGUUCUCGGAGGCUAGUGAUCGUUGAAGGGCACUGCGUGGCGACUCCGGCAGGAUGGAUUCGUGAAGACCUGGAAUGCUUUUUUAGCGAAGUUCCACCAUUUUGAAAUGAUUUUAAAAAAGCAGAAGUGCCCAAUCGGAUCAUUUGAUAGCACAAAAGCUUUCAACAUCUCAAAUUUCGUUUAAACACUCGGGGCUAUAAACACAAUCAAACUGGAAUAAUUGUACUUUUCUACAAUCUUUUUCCAAUAGCUGUGCUGCGUGCCAUUUAUUCGUACGAAUAUACUUGUCGUACUUAAAUCUGCAUAUUCAAAUUUAUAGCUAUUACAUAUUCAUCAACGCCUUGUCUUCGAACGUUUUUGAAAUAUAAAACUGUUGUUGCGAGACCGGGGGAGAUUUGAAACACUAGAGAAAGUAUUCUACCCAACAACAUGGCGGCAGCUGGCAGUGCUAGUUUACGACGUACAAACACAAGCGUUUCUUUGCCAGACCUCAGCACAACGAUCAAGGCGAAUGAACAUGAAAGAAAAGUGGCUGACAAAAGCAUAAACUCGGUGGAGACUCAUUUCGACGAGCUGUCGGCAAAGCUUCAUUUGUACGCUGUUCGUUUGGGGAAACUUCGCAACGCUGGGGAUGAAUUUCACAAAGCCGUCGCAACGUACGCUGAAGAGGAGUCGAGCGGUCUCAAACAAGCAUUGCAUACAUUCGCCGAGUGCUUUGCCGCGAUACAGGAUCUCAGACAUCAACAAGUUCAACAAAUCGCCGACAAAAAUGUACAAGCAUUUAGUAUUUACAAAACAAAAUGUCGACAAGCGAAGGACGACGUGAAGUCGAAUCUCGGAGCCUUGGAUAACGAGGUGAAGAAAUACAAGUCGUUAGAACGUCUGAAGACGCGAUCCGCCUCAAAUCCGGGCCGAGUUGCAAAAGCCCAGACUGAGUUCCAAAAAGCCUCAGACGAAGCUGGCCGUAGCUCGAGGAUACUUCAUGAACAAAUGGAGGAAUUUGAACGAGCGAAAAUCCGAGAAAUCAAACAGAUUUUCCGAGAUUUUAUUCACAAUGAGAUAUAUUUCUUCGCGAAAGGUUUGGAGCUCUACACGAGGGCCUACGAUGGAUUGGUUUCGCUCAACGAUGAGAAUGAUAUUGAAGAGUUUCGAGCGUCAAUGUCAUGGCGACCACAGGGGCAUUCCACCCCCGGAGUGUCACGUCAUCGUUCUGAACCAGUGCUCAAUAGACAUAUAGAAGAAGAGCAAGACUUCAAUGACUCCGUGUGAGACUCACGGGAGGAGACGGGAACAUUUUCAACGCAGGUUUUCACAGUGUCCUUACAGGAGUCUAUACUGACUUAUAAAUAAAAUCACUAGACUAGAAUAAAUAAUUCUUCAGGGAACCCAGUCUAAAAAAUGUAUUUCUUGAGAAAUGGAGUUCCACGAGGUUGAAGAUUCAUAAAGUUACUCUCUUAUUCAUUGUGUUUUAUAC